GCGUUGUGUGCAGUGCCGUCUUUGGCUAAUAUUAUGUUUUGGAUUGGAAGAGAAAGAGUCAGUGGCGUUGUGCGCGUGUGCGUCUCAGAACAUUAUGGAAGGUCACCGGAAGCCGUUGAAGCCGCGCCUUGAGCGGCGGAACGCCAUGAAGAACAUCGAUUACCGGUUGAAGGAGGAUGAAGACACAGACACCGACACGGACAUAGACAUAGGUAGUUUGGAUGAAAGGAGUUUCCGAGUGGAAGGAAUUGACGGCGAAUUCGACCGGAUAUUUCGGAGCUUGGGUCUGUCCGGGCCCGAGGACUUUGCCAUCCCAGCGGCGGCUUGGAAAGAAGCCCAGGCCCAGAAGGCCCGCAGCACCGUGAACCUUCAACACGAACCGCCGCCACAAAAUAAAAAGCAGAGAGAGGGGGGAAUAAAUGGCGUUAGGCCUCCCAUUUUGGAACCCACGCAGGUUACCUCAUCUUGGACCACCCAACAACCAACGGAUUCUGAUUCCGUGUCACGUGAUGAAGACAGUGAUGUUGGUGUUGAAGCUGAAAUUGAAAAGGUUUCUGCUUUGGUCGGGAAUGAGACCUUUGAUGUUCAAAACUUGUCGCUGAAUGCAACCGGAUAUUUCGGGUCGUGGCAGAAAGGCGAGAUCUUGGGAAAGGGCUCUUUUGGAACUGUUUAUGAAGGCUUCACGGACGAUGGGAACUUUUUUGCUGUAAAGGAAGUGUCUUUAUUGGAUGACGGCAGCCAGGGAAAACAGAGCAUUUUCCAGCUUCAGCAGGAAAUCUCUCUUUUGAGUCAGUUCCGACACGACAACAUAGUUCGAUAUCUUGGUACUGACAAGGACAAUGACAAGCUGUAUAUCUUCCUCGAACUUGUAACAAAAGGAUCAUUGGCAAGUCUCUAUCAAAAGUAUCGACUAGGGGACUCUCAAGUAUCUUCAUACACAAGACAGAUUUUGAGUGGCUUGAAGUAUCUUCAUGAUCGUAAUGUGGUUCACAGGGACAUCAAGUGUGCCAAUAUAUUGGUUGAUGCAAAUGGCUCCGUCAAGCUUGCAGAUUUUGGAUUGGCGAAGGCAACCAAGCUGAAUGAUGUUAAAUCAAGUAAAGGCUCUCCCUACUGGAUGGCCCCCGAGGUUGUUAACUUGAGGAACCGUGGAUAUGGGUUAGCAGCUGAUAUAUGGAGCUUAGGAUGUACAGUGUUAGAGAUGUUGACGCGGCAACCUCCUUAUUCUCAUUUGGAAGGAAUGCAAGCGAUAUUCCGAAUUGGCAGUGGUCAACCCCCACCUGUUCCGGAAUCUUUGUCAACAGAUGCCCGAGAUUUUAUUCUUAAAUGCUUACAAGUUAACCCUAACAAACGGCCAACUGCUGCCCGGCUAUUAGACCAUCCAUUUGUAAAGAGACCACUUCUGUCUCCCAUAAGUCCUGUUUCUCCAAGUAUCAAUCUUUUACUGUCCUAAGAGAUUCUCAAUAGUAUCUGAGUUAUGUGUGUGUGCAGUUCACUUGAGAGGAAGUCCACUUGGUAACUUUGGUGUUGUGAAUUAGUGUACAUUGAUGAACCAAUCCAGUUGAGCACAAACUGAAGAAGCUGUGAACGUGAUGUGAGAAUCAUCUUAGAGUGACUUGCUGGACCUCCAUGUGUCAAAGCUCUAGCUGUGAUAAGCGGAGAAGUUGACUGAAGCUGCGUUUGAAUGUGAACAGCUGGUGAUUUUAGUGUUGUACAUGAGAGGCUUAUAAAGAAGCUUUAAUCAGCUGCCAAGUGCCUGGAACUUGAUAGACCUGUGCUGCAACCUGCUAGCGGUUGUGAGGAAGUUCACUGGACAGAUUUGGAAGCGGAUUUAUUUACUUUUUAGAGAGAAAAGUUACGUAACUUUAGUUCAUUUUCAUGCCUAAACAAAUAAAAGUGAACUAAAGUUACGUGACUUUUUCCUCCAAUAAGUCAAAGAAUCUGCUUCCGACGGAUUUAAAGAGCUGGAAUGAAACCUGUAACAAGACUUGAAGUUGACCUGGAUGACUGGACACUUGAGAACCUGGAAAGGCAUUUGAACUGGCUGGAACAUAUUGCACAUGAAGCUGACUUGUAAUUGGCAGUCAAGGUGACUGGUUAUGGGCUGUUUUGGCAGUUUGUAGGUUUAUCUAUAGGCUAGACUAUAAAAGACUUGAAUCAGAAAACUUAAAAGAGUUUUUUGGCAAUUCUGAAAAUUCAGUUCACACAAGUUUAUAGCUUUCUUGGGUUAGUUUUCUCUGAAGUUCAAGGCAACCUUGACUACAAAGUGAGCUGGGUGGCUUUGGUUCUUCAGAAUUUUCUUAUUUUGCUGGAGCAUUUGAAGGCCUUGACUACAAAGCUAGUUAGGUGAUCAAGAGCUGCAGUGUUUGUAACCAAAUUUCGUUAGAUCAAUUCAAUCUUGUUUUUACUGUCA